CCGGAGGAGGAGGAGGAGGAGGGCCCGGCCCCCGCCCAGAGCCCCCGUGGACCGCUGGGCCCCGUCCCAGGCAUGGUGCUGUACCUGUGCCCCGAGGCGCAGUGCGGACAAACCUUCGCUAAGAAGCAUCAGUUGAAGGUGCACCUGCUGACGCACAGCAGCAGCCAGGGCCAGCGGCCUUUCAAGUGCCCCCUGGGCGGCUGCGGCUGGACCUUCACCACCUCGUACAAGCUCAAGAGGCACCUGCAAUCGCACGACAAACUGCGGCCCUUUGGCUGCCCGGCGGAGGGCUGUGGCAAGAGCUUCACCACCGUGUACAACCUCAAGGCGCACAUGAAGGGCCACGAGCAGGAGAACUCCUUCAAAUGCGAGGUGUGCGAAGAGAGUUUCCCCACGCAGGCCAAGCUCAGCGCCCACCAGCGCAGCCACUUCGAGCCUGAGAGGCCCUACCAGUGCGCGUUUUCCAGCUGCAAGAAGACGUUUAUCACAGUGAGUGCCCUGUUUUCCCAUAACCGUGCCCAUUUCAGGGAACAGGAAUUCUUUUCUUGCUCCUUUCCUGGCUGCAGCAAACAGUAUGACAAGGCUUGUAGGCUGAAAAUUCACCUGCGGAGCCACACUGGUGAGAGACCUUUUCUUUGUGACUUUGAUGGCUGUGGCUGGAACUUCACCAGCAUGUCCAAACUCUUACGGCACAAAAGAAAGCACGACGAUGACCGGAGGUUCACGUGCCCUGUGGAAGGCUGUGGGAAAUCUUUCACGAGGGCCGAGCAUCUGAAAGGCCACAGCAUAACCCACCUGGGCACAAAGCCUUUUGUGUGUCCUGUGGAAGGCUGCUGUGCCAGGUUCUCUGCUCGCAGUAGUCUCUACAUUCACUCCAAGAAGCACCUGCAGGAUGUGGACACUUGGAAAAGCCGUUGCCCGGUCUCCACUUGUAAUAAACUCUUCACAUCCAAGCACAGCAUGAAGACCCACAUGGCCAAAAGGCACAACCUCGGCCAGGAUCUCUUAGCUCAGCUAGAAGCUGCAAAUUCUCUUACGCCCAGCAGUGAACUUACCAGCCAGGGACACAAUGAUCUCAGUGAUGCGGAGACAGUGUCUCUCUUCUCUGAUGUGCCUGGCAAUAGUUCUGCUGCAGUGCUGGACACAGCAUUGGUGAACUCUGGAAUCUUGACUAUUGAUGUGGCUUCUGUAAGCUCAACUCUGGCAGGGAACGUCCCUGCUGAUAAUAAUAAUUCCUUAGGGCAGGCUGUGGACCCUCGGGCCUUGAUGGCCACUGGCGACCUUCCUCAAAGUCUGGAUACCUCUCUCUUUUUUGGAACGACAGCCACCAGUUUUCAGCAGAGCCCGUUAGGUAUGGAUGAAGUCUCAAGUGUAAGUGUGGGGCCAUUGGGAUCUCUGGGCUCUUUGGCUAUGAAAAACUCGAAUCCAGAGCCCCAAGCUUUGACCCCCAGCAAUAAGCUAACAGUAGACACAGAUGCUCUGACUCCUUCUAGCACCCUUUGUGAAAACAGUGUCUCAGAACUACUGACAUCAACCAAAGCAGAAUGGAACGUACAAGCUGACUCUGACUUUUUUGGACAGGAGGAAGAAACCCAGUUUGGAUUCUCCAAUCCAGCAGGAAACCAUGGUUCUCAGAAAGAAACAGACCUUAUCACAGUGACUGGCAGCUCAUUUUUGGUAUGAACCAACUCUAUUUAUUCAUCGCCAUCUGGCUUACUUUUGUUACACUCAGUUCUGAGGAUAUUCUGGACUAAAUGUUUAAAUGCAGUCAUUUCUUACUGGUUUGCAAAAGAACAGAGCCCUGGAAGACACGUUUGGAGACUUAAAUUCUGAUCUUGAGUCUGGAACUGACAAGUUGUGUGACCCUGAGCAAGUCACUUAACCUAUCUGAGCCUUAAUUUCCUUAUUUAUAAAAAGGGGUGGUUAGAAUAGAUUG